GCGCUCUUUCCACCUUAUCCAACCUCCAAAACCCGCACAAGAACCGAACCAGUCUCACUAAACCCUCCAUCUAUGGCGGAUCAAUCCCACCCCUAAAACCCCACUUCCUUCUAGAAUCCACCAAAACCCAAAACCAGUUCUUCAUCUUGCUUCGCCAUUGAAGCUCCAAAAAUGGAACUCUCUUCUUCCUUCACGAACCUCCCGAACCCCUCAAAUUACUCCUUCUCGUCCUCCUUCUCAACCUUCCCAAUCCGGAUUUCUCUCAAAACCUUGAACCCGAAAACCCCAACAUCGCGAAACCUCCGAAUUUUCGCCGUCGCCGUCGAUCCACAACAAGACCUCCCUCGGAACUCUCCCCAGCGACUCCUCAAAGAGCUCGCCGAGCGCAAGAAGGCGACUUCUCCGAAGAAGAAGGUCCCGCCGAAGCGGUUCGUGCUCAGACCUCCAUUGGACGACAAGAGAUUAGCGGAGAGAUUCCUCAACAGCCCCCAAUUGUCCCUCAAAUCGUUCCCAUUGCUGAGCUCUUGCUUGCCCUCUUCGCGGCUCAACAAUGCCGACCAAACCUGGAUCGACGAAUACUUGCUCGAGGCCAAACAGGCCCUCGGGUACCCGCUCGAGCCCUCCUAUCGGUUCGGGGACGAUAAUCCGGCGAAGCAAUUCGACACGCUUCUGUACUUGGCGUUCCAGCAUCCUUCUUGCGAAAGGACGAACGCGAGACAUGUGCGGUCGGGGCAUUCGAGGUUGAGCUUUCUGGGGCAGUACGUUCUUGAGCUGGCGUUCGCGGAGUUUUUCCUGCAGAGGUAUCCGAGGGAGUCGCCGGGGCCGAUGAGGGAGAGGGUGUAUGCGCUGAUCGGGAAGAGGAAUUUGCCCAAGUGGAUCAAAGCCGCCAGCUUGCAGAAUAUUGUGUUUCCUUACGAUAAUAUGGAUAAGAUGUUGAGGACGGAUAGGGAGCCUCCUGUUAAGUCUGUAUUCUGGGCUUUGUUUGCGGCAAUAUACUUGUGUUUUGGUAUGCCGGAAGUGUACCGUGUUCUUUUUGAAGUGUUUGGAAUGGACCCAGAAGCUGAGGACUGCCAGCCAAAAUUAAGGAGACAGCUUGAAGAUAUUGAUUGUGUUUCGGUUGAAUUUGAAGGCGGCAACAAACUUAGCUGGCAAGAUGUAGCUACCUACAAGCCUCCUGAAGAUGCUCUUUUUGCGCACCCUAGGCUCUUCAGGGCUUGUGUUCCACCAGGUAUGCACAGAUUCAGAGGAAAUAUAUGGGAUUAUGAGGGCCGACCGCUAGUUAUGAAAGCACUGGGAUAUCCCUUACCAAUGAAAGAUAGAAUUCCAGACAUUACAGAAGCCAGGAACAUUGAACUUGGACUUGGUCUACAGUUGUGUUUCUUGCAUCCAUCAAAGCACAAGUUUGAGCAUCCCCGGUUUUGCUACGAGCGAUUAGAAUAUGUUGGCCAAAAAAUCCAGGAUCUUGUAAUGGCAGAAAGGUUGUUGAUGAAGCACUUGGACGCUCCUGGAAAGUGGAUACAGGAGAGGCACCGCCGAUUGGUCAUGAACAAGUUCUGCGGUCGGUAUUUAAGGGAGAAGCGUCUCCAUAACUUUAUCAUCUACUCGGAAGAGGUUCAAGAUAAAUAUGAGCACAAUAGAAGACUACGGAAUCCAGCCACAACUGCUGUCCAACAAGCCCUUCAUGGGCUCUCAUACACUAUUUAUGGGAAGCCGGAUGUGAGGCGCCUCAUGUUUGAGGUUUUCGAUUUUGAGCAAAUCCAACCCAAAGCUGUGUAAAGAAAUAUGAAACAAAUAUGAAUCCAAAUUCAAUAGGUGGGUUAAAAUAGACAAGAUAGGGUAUACUUGCAUCCGCCAGAAUGAUAUCUGGUACAAUUUUUGCUUUUCUUAACAAGGCUUGUUUAUUAUAGGUAUGUCAAAGUGCUAAUUGCUUUUAUUGGAAGAAUGCUAUAGGACACCGGUGGUGUUAUUUAAGAGAAUGUGGGUCUCGUAGUAUGAAACUCACCUUCCAUUUAUGGUGAUGUUUAGCACCGGUGGUGUUCCAAGCAUCUUUCUUUUUAUUGUAUUCCAUUAACAUUAGGCAUUCUUGCAUGGUAGACAACAUUUGGUAUUGCUUUGAAAUUAUACGAGGAUAAUGGAGCAUAAUACAAUAUUGAGAGUGGAAAUGCUGAUGCUAUCAUGUCAUAUAUGGAAUAC